ACUAUUAGUGACUGAGGAGCCGAGGCGUGCAGAGCUUCUCAUCUGAUACAGACGUGUACAGGUCACCUCUGCAGCACAUCAGCUCCACAGCUCUCCUCUAGCGAUCCAACUCCAAGGAGACAUCACCAUGUCCAUCUCGGUGCAAUCCAAUGGGACAGUUCGCCUGGUCUUCAUGGGAGCUGCCGGCGUGGGCAAAACAGCCUUGAUCCAGCAGUUGUUAUAUGACCGCUUCGAGCCAAGACACCGGUGCACGGUGGAGGAGGUCUACUGCUUGGACCCGGAGCCAAAUGCCCUCCAGUUACGUAUCGAAAUCGUGGACACCAGCGGCAGCUACUCCUUCCCGGCCAUGCAGAAGCUGCGUAUCCAGCAAGGAGACGCCUUCGCCUUGGUCUUCUCGCUGGCAGACCUAGAGUCCUUCCAAGAGGUGGAGAGACUAAGGGAAGAGAUCCACCGGAUCAAGGGGGAGACCGACGUGCCCAUCGUGAUCAUUGGAAAUAAGACGGACUUGUUCCCCGGCGUGGAAUCUCAGACAGGACAGCUCAUGGCACUACAGGCUGCGGCUACUGCAGAACUGGAAUGGGACAGCGGCUACGUGGAGACCUCAGCCAAGCUCAACCAAAAAGUCCAGGAGGUGUUUGAGGAACUGCUGCGAAGGGUUAACCUCCCUUGCUUACUGAGCCCUGCCUUAGAGCGGCGCCGAGCCAGCGCACAACCAGAACCCAGGAAGAAACAGCCUCGCCGGAAGCAGCAGAGUUGUAUCUUGUCUUAGAGGAACCCUGGUCCCCUGAACUGACGGAGAUGGAAAAUUUAGGAGAGGCUGCUCGCUCCUGAGGAACGCAAGUCAUGUUGCCUCUUCUGAGCCAUAGAUCGCCAAGUGUGGCUCUUUGGCGUUUGCGGGACCCAAAGUCCCUGUACAUUGUGCUAACCAGAUUCUGAUCUGUGCUGCUGGGACUUGUAGUCCUAUGGUUGGUUACUGGUUGCCUUUAGGUCUUGUGCACACUAUGUAGAUUUGUGAAUAUUAUGGGGAGGGGGUAAUAUCCGUAACGCAAUACCGACUUCUUUGAUCACCAUAGAGGUCAAUGCGAUCAUUUGUUCUAUGCUAUUUGCGAUUAAAAAAUGUU